GGCGUUCCGCCCUUCCGGCCCCGAGUUCCAUCCACCGCCUCCCUCUUCCGCCCCGCGCCGGUUGUCGGCGCGACCGUUCCCGCGAUCAGUCGUCGCGCUGCCCUUGCGGCUCCCGAGCCCACAAUGUCGGGCCCCAACGGGGACCUGGGCAUGCCGGUGGAGGCGGGCGCGGAAGGCGAGGACGACGGCUUCGAGGAAGCAGAAUACGCUGCUAUCAACUCCAUGUUGGACCAGAUCAACUCCUGUCUGGACCACCUGGAGGAGAAGAAUGACCACCUCCACGCCCGCCUCCAGGAGCUGCUUGAAUCCAACCGGCAGACACGCCUUGAGUUCCAGCAGCAGCUCGGGGAGGCCCCCAGCGAUGCCAGCCCCUAGGCUCUGGGAGCCCCGGCCAGGCUCUGGCCUGAGCACUCACUACCUGGCUUAGAUACCUUCUCAAGGGCUGGCCUACAGAUUUUCCGGGGCAGGGGGAGGUGGUGUCUGCCGGCCUAGGCCACUCUUCUGGUACUUCACUUGGCGUACCUAGGCCCGCCCCACCUCCCGGCACCCCCUCCUCAGGGCUUCCUCCCCACUGCUGGCCAGGUGUGGGCCAGCGACCCACCCACCUUGCCUGUCUGCCCAACUCCUGGACGCUCCCCACGCUGCCCAGGCCUUGAGCGUCCACAUUAAACUGGUCUCCAACACUACUGCGCCUCCUCUCUCCUCUGUAUCCCGGGAUGAGGACCCCAGUGGCCGCCAGAGGUAAACAGGGCAGUGGAGGCAUCCCAGGCAUAGAUCACACACCGGCUCAUAGGCAUGGUGGUGGGGCCGGGCUUCUUGGCCUUCUUGUAUUUCUGGACACAGGUGCAGGUGAGGUCAGGGCUUCCUCCCCACCGGGUGUGCUCCUGGGCAGCGGCUGCUUCCCCAGCCUAGCUGAGACAGCAUCAGCCAUGCUGUAUGACCCUGUGUGAUGUGCUCAGCUUCUCUGGGUUCUAGGGCCUUUCACUAAGACAACCAACACCAAGACAUGCUGUGCAAUAUGUAUAAAAUAGAUAAGAACCUGCUGUGUAAAAAUAAAUAAAAUUCAAAAAAAUAAAGACAUGCUGUGCAACCUUGGGUUCCA